GGUCCUCGCGGAGACCUGUUGCCGGCCGCGGUGGGUGCUGGGAGAAAGAAAACAUGGCUGCCGGGCCCAGCAAGGCGGAGAUUCAGACCCUUUUCAAGCGGCUUCGGUCUGCGCCGCCCAACAAGUCCUGCUUUGACUGCGGUGCGAAGAACCCGAGCUGGGCCAGCAUCACCUAUGGAGUGUUUCUCUGCAUUGACUGCUCUGGGGUUCACCGGUCGCUGGGUGUGCAUCUCAGCUUUAUCCGGUCCACAGAGCUUGAUUUCAACUGGAGCUGGUUUCAGCUGAGGUGUAUGCAAGUGGGUAGCAAUGCCAAUGCGACUGCCUUUUUCCGCCAGUAUGGUUGCACCACCACAGAUGCCAGUGCCAAGUAUAAUAGCCGCACAGCCCAGAUGUACCGGGAGAAGAUCCGGCAGCUGGCAGCUGCUGCGAUGGCCAAGUAUGGGAAUGAUCUCCUGAUUGAUGGGCUGAGUGGAACACCAGGCCACUCCCCAGAAAAGAGUGAUGCCGAUUUCUUCUUGGAACAUACACAGGACUGUAAUACCUGGGAUGUGGUUGAAACAGGCCAGAGCACAGUAGAGCCUUCACUAGAAUUGGAGAGAACAGCAAAGUCUGAGAAUAAUGAAGCUCAACAGCCUGACCAGGGUCCAUCUAUUGACCUGCUGAGCACUUCUCCUAAAGGGUCUCUUGACGCAUCCAUGUGUCUGUCUCGGCAAGGGGCUGCUCCUGCCAGAGAAAUAAAACCUUCACUCAUUGGAAAGAAGAAGCCAGGUGCUACAAAGAAAGGGCUGGGGGCCAAAAAGGGUCUUGGAGCUCAAAAAGUGAGCAGCCAGAGUUUCACUGAAAUUGAACGACAAGCCCAGGUGGCUGAAAAGAUGAGGGAACAACAGGCUGCAGAGUGCAAGAAGCAAGCUGAGGAGUCCCUAGUUGCCUCAAUGAGACUGGCAUACCAGGAGUUGCAGAUUGAUCGGAAGAAGGAGGAGAAGAAACUCCAGAACCUGGAAGGAAAAAAGCGUGAACAAGCUGAGAGACUGGGCAUGGGAUUGGUGUCCAGGAGUUCCAUCUCGCAUUCUGUCCUUUCCGAGAUGCAAAUGAUAGAACAAGAAACACCAGUGACUGCAAAGUCCUCUCGGUCCCAGCUGGAUCUUUUUGAAGACACUGGAAGUUUCACAUCCGGACCACCCAAGUACAAAGAUAAUCCCUUCUCAUUAGGAGAUGCUUUUGGCUCGCAGUGGGAAACAGACAACACCUGGGGGAUUGACAAAGGGGAAGAGGAAACAGACAUCACUAUCUCCAGCAUUCGGCCCAUUGGUGAAAGACCCACCAACAGAAGAGAGACAGAGAGCAAGAUUUCAGUAGUAGAGUCCAGUGAAGCUCGACAGAAGUUUGCUGGGGCCAAAGCCAUCUCAUCCGACAUGUUCUUUGGGCGGGAAGCCGAUGCUGAGUAUGAGGCCAGAUCCCGACUCCAACAACUCUCUGGCAGCAAUGCCAUCAGCUCUGCUGAUCUGUUUGGAGAAUCUGAGACAGGGAACUCGGGUGGUGUUUCAAUUGGAAAUGUACUGCCUGCUGCUGAUAUUGCCCAGUUCAAGCAAGGGGUGAAGUCUGUUGCUGGCAAGAUGGCUGUUCUAGCCAAUGGUGUGAUGAACUCCCUUCAGGAUCGCUAUGGCUCAUAUUGAGGAUCCAGGAGAGACUUUGCAGCUUGUGGCCAUCAGCGAAACACCAAUUGCACCUUGAGUCCACCUGGAAGAAUUGAACAGGAUUACUUUUUAGCCGAGCAUGGCUGGGGGCUGCUUGAGGA